AUGUCAGACUCGCACAGAUCCAACGAAGAAGACGUACAGGGUUCCAAAUUUAAAGCACCAAAACACAAAUCGGCAGCAGGCUCAUACUACUCUUCACAAGACUCCAUCGAAGAAGAGAUGUCUUCUGGCUCGAAAAAAGGCUCCAAGGGCUCUGGGUCCAAAGAUGAGAGUCUUAAUCCACUUGAGGAGAUGAUGAAGAUGCGUGGCGGCCCUGGUAGAAAUCCAACCCAACAGCUCCUAAUGCAGUAUGGCGCUCCGCCCGGGGUUGGAAUGGGAAUGGAAGGUAGGGGAGGCGUGGGAGGAAUCGGAAGAUUAGCAGAUAUGGCAAAGAACGGCCGAACGGAUGUCGAAGGAGAGCUUGCCAGAGCCAAAAUGAUGAAGAAAAGGAAAGAAUUUGAGAUAGCAGCGGAGAAAAAGAAGAUCGAGCGCUUCGAGUUAAUGCAAGCCAACAAAGCGCUCUCCGCAAAGGACAAGCAGAAGCUCCUCGAAGAUGCGCAUCAAAAGAAGCAACAACUCCUGCAGCAGCUGUAUGAAAACGAGCAAGAGUUGAACGAUGCGAUUGAGGUGAACGGUGGAAGAAGACCGAAACCGCGAGAUUAUUACCACAUAACUAAUGAUCGUCAUUACGAGAGAACUAGGCGGUGAAAAACGUAGAAGGACUAAAGAACUUGGUUGUAUUAGCGCGAUUCUGAUCCAUCGUUGAGCUUUGUAAACAUGUAGCUGCGUCAAUGUAGUAAUGAAAGAACUCCA